UGCAGUCUACCCGGUCAUAAUAAGUCAAUCGUCCUUGGAUUUAUCUAUGACUGUGCACAGUUCCAGUAAUAUUUUAAACAGUGAUUAAGCACGUCUUUGGAAAACGCUCGUACAGUUCCACCUCGUAUUAUCAGAAUACACUCCAUACUGAAAUAGCCAUGGACCAUGGACAGAAAUGUUGAGAUGACAAAAAACUCCGUCCAGUGUAAUGUACAUGUAAAUCAAGGAUGGCAAGUGCCUCAGGAUUCAAGUCAAGUUUAACAGGUUCGAAGGCAAACAGAUGGCUGUUGGAUCUGACAGACGAACUCGGGGGAAAUGUCGCCGAGUUUGCCUCGCAUAUCGGAUUCACCGAAUCGCAGGUAAAAGUUAUCCAAGAACCUGGACAACAUCUUCACCAACUGGUCAUAUCAAAAUGGCUCGAUACCAUUGGACAUCACACGACUAAAUACCAACAUGUCGUGUAUACAGCUCUAGUGACAUUAAAGCGACAAGACCUGUUGGACAAGUAUUUCAAAGGAGGGACUCCCGAAAAAUAUUCGGAUGACAUUUGGGAAGAUUUCAUUAAAGAAUUACACGCUAUAGACUUCAACAAUCUAGAAUCAAGAGAACCAGGUCAAGACAAAAAGCCUGACGUCACAAAGAAAAAAAAGAAGAAGAAUAGAAAUGAACAAAAAGAAAAGAUAAAAGAAAAGGUCAUAGAGAGGGACAGAGAAAAGAUGAUUUUGGCAGACGAUACUACGUUGCCUGGCAAUCCGCAGAUAGAUCCUUCUGCAGCAGGAAAUAAACAAAAAGAAAUGGUCAAAGAAAAGGUUAAAGAGAAGGACAGAGAAAAGGUGAUUUUGGCAGACGAUACAUCUUUGCCUGGCAAUCCGCAGAUAGUUCCUUCUGCAGACAAAAAGCCUGACGUCUCAAAGAAAAGGAAGAAGAAUAGUAGGCGUACAAGGACGAAAAGUAGCGAUGGAAAUGGACAGACAGAAAAGGUCAAAGAGAGAGACACCGAAAAGGUGUUAUUGGAAGACGAUACUACUUCGCCUUGUAAUUCGCAGACAGUUCUUUCUGCAGGAAAUGAACAGACAGAAAAGGUCAAAGAGAGGGACACCCACAAGGUGUUAUUGGAGGGCGAUACUACUUUGCCUGGCCAUCCGCAGAUAGUUCCUUAUGCAGGAAAUAAACAGACAGAAAAGGUCAAAGAGAGGGACAACGUAAACGUGUUACUAGAAGACGAUGCCAAUUCGCCUUGCAAUUCGCAGACAGUUCUUUCUGCAGAAAAUAAACAGAAAGAAAAGGUCAAAGAAAAGGACAGCGAAAAGGUGUUAUUGGAGGACGAUAUUACUUUGCCUGUUUAUCCACAGAUAGUUCCUUCUACAGGAAAUGAACAGACAGAAAAGGUCAAAGAGAGGGACACCCACAAGGUGUUAUUGGAGGGCGAUACUACUUUGCCUGGCCAUCCGCAGAUAGUUCCUUAUGCAGGAAAUAAACAGAAAGAAAAGGUCAAAGAGAGGGACAACGUAAACGUGUUAUUAGAAGACGAUGCUACUACGUCUUGCAAUUCGCAGACAGUUCUUUCUGCAGAAAAUGAACAGAAAGAAAAGGUCAAAGAAAAGGACAGCGAAAAGGUGUUAUUGGAGGACGAUAUUACUUUGCCUGUUUAUCCACAGAUAGUUCCUUCUACAGGAAAUGAACAGACAGAAAAGGUCAAAGAGAGAGACACCGAAAAGGUGUCAUUGGAGGGCGAUACUACUUUGACUGGCAAUCCGAAGAUAGUUUCUUCUGCAGAAAGUGUCAAAGAAAAGAACAGCGAUAAGGUGACUUUGGCAGACGAUGAUUCUUUGCCUAGCAAUCCGCAGGUAGUUCAUUCUGCAGACAAAAACAAAACUGCCACAAAGAAAAAGAAAAGUCCGACAAAAGGAAAAGCAAAACAAGAUAUUGUGUAUCAAACGACAAUUUAUGCCGGAGGCAACGUGAUUGUUGGAGACAGCAACGCUAUGGUGUUUGAAGCUACACCUUCUACAGAUGUGCCUCACAAGAAAAUUAGACAGCAGCUUCACGAUAUUUUGAAAGCAAACGGAUCAGUUGGAGGAAACCCGAAGGUGAACACAAUGCAACUACAGAAGCUAGAAUCAUGCUUUAAUCAACGGCAUGGUAAGAGUUUUAAAAGUGUAUAUGACAACUCACUGUUAACGUACUUAGAACAGUCAAAGGAGGUUUUUGUUCUAAGAAUGUUAGGUGAUCAAUGGUUUGUCCACAUGCGUGAUAUUUCCAAUACACCAAAUUCGGGUUCCAACACUCAUGUAAGUAAUGAAGAUUCAUUGAAAACUAACAAAACAAAAGAUUCACCUAAAAAUAACCCAUCUGCGUUAAUUCGCCCUACGCUUGAUCACAGUCAGAAAAGGGAACACAUUCCGAAUAAAUGUACUGCAUUUAAUGACUUCUUGAAAUUUGUAGAUAAUUUUCGUGGAGGAAGGUAUUUGCUUUUGAUUUCCAAAACAGAUUUUAGCAGAAACGUGGAUGCUCUCGCAAAUAUUCCAUGGCUUUGCGUAUUUGAUUUUGAUGUUGAUAGUCGCACAGAUGGUUUGUUCUAUAGGGUUGAAGAUGUUUUCAGAAAACAGGGGAAAGGACUGUACCCUUGCACUUGGUUCGAUCCUCCGAAUAUACAAACAUUCGGGACGGAAUGGUGUUUCAUUUCAGGGGUAACAAAAGAACCGGAAAGCAAAACGCCAGACAGUUUCAAAUUGUGGUAUCCACAUAUCAAAAAAAGAAUUGAGCAACAUGUCGACAAGAUUAACGAAAUGCUAGAUACAGUUAGCGUUUUGACAGUGGUUGCGUGCUGGCCAGAGGAUAGAGCCACAGGUUUGAAGUUCCAAAAAAUAAUUUCUGCAUUAAAUGAAUCCAUUGCGCCUGCCCCAAAGGUUGUUGUUAUUGGUAUUCCGCCAGCAGAACACCAAUCUCUAAUAGACGAAAUGAUUUCUCCAAACUAUCACCUUAAAGAAAAACUUGACCAUGUUUUCCAUGAUCUGUCGACAAAUCUAGGGCCGCAACAAGAUAAUUCAUUAACAUACAGAUUACCAACAGAUGAUGGCACCACUGUAACUCGUAUCAACGAUACAUCAGCAGCCUCUUUCAGAGAAAGUAUGCAAAUACUUUAUCUUGACAACCCAUCUCAAAGUAGUUCCUCUGAUAUGUCUGCUUCUGAAGAAGAAGAACGAUUAUUCUUCAAAGGUGGCACUUUAAGUUGGCAAUCCUACUACACCGAUGGCCCGGAACAUUUUUAUGUUGCGAGGGAUCUACUUCCAACCAUUGUGAAUGAUAUUAAAUGCAAUUUUAUCGACACGUUGAAUCAAGGGUUUGUCAAAAUAUUCCAUGCUCCUGGAGCUGGGGGAACUACCAUUGGUCAAAAUAUACUUUGGAACUUGCAUGAAAUCACACCAUGCGUUCAGAUUAGAACAGACUCAUUGGCAAAGCCACAACAAAUUGCAGAAAAUAUAUCUGUUCUUUACAAGGAGACUCAUAGUCCCAUUGUCGUCCUAUUUGAUGGAUCAGACAAAAACAAGUUUGAACAAAUACAACAACAACUGCAUCACGUGAUUGUGGUUUUUAUAUAUUUAGAACGUGUGUCUGAAACAAAGAUCAAUCUUGAUAAACAUGAGUAUUUUCUCAAAGGAACCUUGUCUAAAGGAGAAGCUAGGCGUAUGGGACCGAAAUUUAUUCGGUGUUGUCAUGAUAAUGUCAAAAAGAAGGACCAGAUCCAAAAGCUUGUUGAUGGGGUCGAGAAAGGUGUAAAUCAUCAUCUCGUCGAGUUUGGGUUAGUCAUUCAUCUACAAGAGUUCAAAGGAGUGGCGAAGUAUGUGGCUGAGUACUUAAAGGUGGACAUAAAGAGUAAAGAGUUGAAUAAGAAUCAGCGAGUUCUUGGUUAUCUGUCACUAGUCAAAUUUUACGGCCAAGGAACCAUGCCGUGUCAAAUGUUUGGAACUUUGUUGGGAAGGUCUGCAGAUUAUAAGUUCACGUAUGACAAAUUUCCGGCUAGCAUCAAAGAAUUCACAGUUCCAGUUGAGUCAGGAUUCGUUCAGAAUAGCGUUAGGAUAUGUCAUUUUCUGAUAGCAAGAGAAAUCCUAGAUCAGAUUUUAUCGAGAGUGUUAACUUGCAAUCAGGGCUUGAACUUGAGUCCGUUAGCAAAGAACCAUCUCCAACCCUUUGUUUUGGAGUUUAUAAAAGAUCUGAAAACCCGACAAGACCAAACAGGUCAAAAAUCAAAAACAAUGCUUGAUAUAAUAAUACAAACGUUCAUUUAUCGUGAAGGUGGAGCAGAUGACACUCAACUGAAAAAACGUCAGUUCUCACGACUGAUAGAAAGCAUACCAUCGGAGCAACCCUUUACUGAACGCCUUCGUGUGAUGGAAACACUUGCGGAGUCUUUUCCUUUCAUCUCAAGUUUGUGGGCGCACCUAGGGAGAGCAUAUUCCUUGCUUUGUCCUACACAACAUGAGAAAACUGAAACAUUUUUCCAGGAAGCGAUAAAAGGUUGUCAAGCAAAGGAAAGUCACACUGAUUCUGAAAAUGACGAUUUCGUUCCGAGCUUUGUAUAUCAUAUGUACGGAAUGUUUUACCUUCAGCGGAUUAAAGCUGAAAUAGCAAAGUGCAGGAAACAAGAUAAUUCAGAGAUGCAAUUUCAGGAUGCAGUCAGGAAUAUGUUUAUUUUAGCAAAUACUGCAUGCAAAGCAUUUUCAGAUUGCAGAAAAUUUGGAUAUGCAGGUUGUCAGGAGUCUUUUGGCUGUAUUGGAGAAAUAAACGUACGGCUAUGCAUAUGUGAUCUCCUGAAAAGCCACUAUCAUUUUGACACGAUCCAAGCUCUUCGCGAAAAGUCGAGAAAUGCCAAUAUAAUUUUGUUUGUUGAAGAAAGCUUAUCAAACAUUCAACAUCUGUUCAUGAAGUGCUUUAACACUGUUGAUCAGUCACAUAUUGAUAAACAGUUUUACAGGAAAGUCACAAACUACAACAUGCUUUUCAAAGGGAUGAUCCAAACGAACUACUUAGCUACUUUAAGUGUUCCUGAUACAUUCCAUACCCGAUGUGCAACGAUUGUAGGAAUGAAGCUGAAAUACGGGGAGGUAAAUCGGCUUGGAACAAUCAAUGACAUCAAAGAUGAAAGAGACAUCAAGUUUAUAAUUACAAUGCUAGAAAAAAACAUUGAUGAUAUCAGGCAACCAGGAGAACAAUACUCCAAUAUGGAUGUAGACUUUGUUUUCAUAGAUUGGAUCCAGGCAAUUCGACAUCCCCAACAGAAAACGUCCUAUUCCUUGGAAGACGUUUUAACAAACGUACGUUUUUGGCACAAAAACAUAUGCAGUCCCUACUCUAUUUUCUACCUAUUUGUCCUCCUGUGUACCCUAUCGAUCCACUCUCGGAGGUCUUGUGAUGUUAACAUUUUAAAAGAAGCAAUGGCCAUAAAAAGGGCAGAAAUGGAAAUGAAACAAAUAGGUAAACAGUUCUCCAACCAAGGGAAACCAAGAGAGUGGCUAGGGAAGGAGAGUGGUAUCCGAUGUAUCGAACGAGGAAGCACUUACCAAAACUAUAUCAAGGGUAAGGUCAUCAACGAUGAGGCAGCAAGCUAUACUCUUGUAGUGUUGACAGGAACAAUCCAGCCUCCAAAUACAUAUAGACAACAUGGCUCGCUCAAAUUGUAUGUCGAAGGAAAUACCGAUGUUCAAGUUAAAGUCCCAUUCUGUCCAUUCAAAACAGGAGAAAACCUCGUGGGAAGCAAAUAUGCAGGCUUUCGUGUCGAGUUUGUUCUCGCAUUCACUGCCCAAUUAGGGUUUGAGGCAUACAACGUGAAGCUAUUGAAGAAAUCUACGUGCAAAAGUUGUGGAGCACAAGUAGAAAUAGUUAGUGUAGAACGUCACAAGGUGUGCAGGUGCAAAGAAAUGGUUGAAAACGAAUUUCCAUAUAACACAGCAAAUAAACCAAAAGCGGAAGAACACCAAAAUAAGUAGAGUAGAGUAGCAGAAAUAAUGCACGUGUCAUAAGGGAUGACAUCUUUUAUCCAAUGCUGGUUUGGCAAAGUUAGGGUUGUGAUAGUAUUAAAAUACUGGAAUUUGUACAGUAAUACUUUGGUUUAAACUUUACGUCCUAUAAGGUCUUGGUGGUUGACAAAAUUAGGAACCCGGAGAAAAAAUAGAGACCUGCGCCCAGUACCUGGCGAAUACCCUACUUAGGCCUGAAACCUGCGAUCCAGUAGUAGAGAGCUAGGGAUCGCAGACGAUCGUCUGCUGCGCCGUCCAUUACAACUUGCAUAAAACGAUAGCGUGCUGUCCUGGUGGAGCGCUCCAUUUUUAAUUUGUAUAGUCCCACCCAAAGAAACAUCACUAUUAUCAAACCAAUAGAUGUCUAUUCAGCUGACUUAACGUUCAUGUCACCAGUAAAAUAAGUAUAGUGAUACUGUGUAUGUAUUUGGUAUUGGAAUUAUUGGAAUAUCCCCUUCGUAGAUAACUUUGUCUAACGGUUUUACAUGCAAGAAUGAGCAUCAACCGUACACUGAUGUAAUUAGUGUUUUCUUAUGUAAAUAGAGAUGUAUAGUGUUAGUUCGUUUCAUUUCGCUGAAUUAUUCCCCACUCAUUAUCAAUAUGUAUUGCCUGGGAAUUAUAGUACAUCAUGCAAUUAUUUGGCCUAAUGUGUACAUUGCAAGUUUUGUUGAAAAUGAAACUAAUCCUGAGCAGAAAUUUCCAUUUUGUAUUACAAUGGAAAAUUUAAAUAUAUCAAAUAAUUUACUGUAUAUUAUUCAUAAAACAUUCAUACAACCGUCACAUGGUCAUAAUAUCAACUGAAAAUACAGUCAUCAUAAAAUCCUUCACCAUAUGAUCAUACUACGUCAUGACUUUUCGCUUAAUAUGUUAACGUCGUACUGUUCAUGGAUCUGAGAUAGAUAUGAAAUAUGAAGGACAUCAUGCGAAGUUUUCGAUCCAGACCUAACCUGGUCGUCGUGGCGAUUAAUUUCAAAACGUUAACUAUGUAUCACUUGUAUUUUUUACAUCAUAACUCAUGAAAGAUUUUCAUAAACUAAGCAAUAUCCCAUGACAAAUUAUUCAUAUAUUACAUGAGUUUGGAAACACGUUCAGGGUGUCCUGUUGUAUUAUUGUGAGUGGUAGUUUACGACAUAUACUAGUAUUGAUGUAAGUAAGGGAAUUUAUUUUAUGCUGUUUAAGGAUAUUUUGUAAGCACAGCUUUUAUUUUAUUUUAUUUAGUUCGCACGCUAUCAAUUAAUGAUGUACAUAGUUUAUUGUUAACUAUUAAUUGUUUUAUAUUUUGAUAAAGCAUCUAUGUUAAAACUUCAUGCAUUUUGUAUGAAUUGUAUGAAUUGUGUAUUUAAAUACUGUAUACCGGAAUAUUUUCGCCCUUUUCCCUUGAAAUCAAUUUUCGCCCCAGUGUCUAUUUCAUCCUUCACAUCUUAUUACUCUGUUUAUUGUUGUGUUUACUUAUAUUCGCUGUAAUGAUCAAUUUGCCUUAACUAUGGAAGGCGAAAAGGGGCGAAAAUUAAACUGCAGCAAAAAAAAAUCCAGUUUAUAGUAUUGAACAAUAUGUAAUUGGUGUCUUACUGAUAUAAAUCUAAGCAUGUGCACGCCCCAAUGUGUCUACCUAAAACAUGUAAAUAUGUGUUUUGUUUAUUAAUUCAUGUAUGACAACAUAGCAUAUGCGAUUGUAACAUCUUUUAACAUGUUAUCUGACUUAUUUGCACCAACAAUUUAUUUUCAAAUCGAUAUAUAUAUCGUUUAAAUGUUCCUUUAUCUUUUACUUAAAUUGUACCUUUCUUGAUGGUUUCUAUACCAUUGUUUGCCUUUUAGAAUGCAAUUACACGGUCAUGUUAUGAGCUGAUAGCUACAGUAGGGCACGUUUGGCAAAGCUAUCUAUGAUAGAUUUAUCUGUGCUCAACUGGAAUUCUCACCUCAUAACCAGACAAUCCUAUUUUUCUGUGAAUGAUUUCUAACUAUUUAGUAAUCAUUCUUUAGAUAAUUUAUUAUUGAUUGAUCGGUUUGAUAUAAGUAAAAGUCUUAAAUUUGCAAAAGCUUUGGUUACUUCUGCCAAAAUUUAUUGUUGAUGAAUUCAAAUAAUUGUGUCUCGUUCGCGGAAAGUUUGCAUAGCUCCGCCCACUUCAAUUGGUGUCAACGUCAUGGAAACUGUAUAUGGUCAUAUAAUAAGAUGAUAACUCCAGUUUGCUGGAUUAAUGUCUAUUGAAUGAAUGUCAGUGUAAACUGUAAAUAUAUUCCUUAUCCUUCCAUUAUAAAACUAUCAUAUCUGAAUACAAAUUGACUGGAUGCUGAGGUAUUGGUCAAUGUGCAUGAGAUUUUUAGUGGACCAAAUACUUUACAUAACCAAACGGAAAACAUGCUUGUUCAUUUUGGUCGGAAGUGGUGUACAUAUUGAUAAGUAUCGUAAUGAAUUAUGUAGAUACAAUUGGGAUGAACCCUUUCAAAAUGUAGAAUGUUUUGUGUUAUCCAAAUAUAAUACCACCAGUCAACGAGUCGAAAUUUAUGUUAACUACGGAUAUCCAAAUAUGGUUGUUAUUACAUUAUCCGUACUGGAUUUCUAAUUUCGUGUAGUCGUUGGUGACAGCGAAUAUAGUGAAAAUAAAUCCUCAACAAAAUUUACCAACAAUACAUUGUUAUUGAUUCCAACAUAAAUUGAACGGUAUUGUCGACAUUGUUAUAUCGGUAUAAAAGUAAACAACCAUUUAACUUGCUGGAAAUUAAAAAUCAGGAUGUUCAUAUGAAAAUGAAAAAAUCAAAAAUUACCGUUCCCUUUAUUUGUCUAUAUCCUAAGAAUUAACUAUCAGCAAUUGCAUACAAAGAUGUUGUGUUCUGCGUGUUUAACGUUAUAAUGGAGAAACACUUAAACUAUCUAUUUGGUAAAUUCAGAGAUUGAAUCGAAGCUUUAUCCAAAUAUGAAAGUGACAUUUAACGUGGAUGCUUUUUUCUUGACGUACAAAUUAUAAUUUGUAAUUUUUAUAUUCAUUCACAGAGUAGAAAUUAAUAUAUGAAUAUGAUUUUUAUAUUUUCAUAUAACUGUUAUACAUGUUGUCUAUAAACAUAUGUUCCUAUAGGGAACGCAAUAAUAUUAGUGAACUUGUAAGUCACUCUUUUCAUUAAUGUUAUGCAUGUGUGUAUUUAGAUUUUUUGUUUGUUUGUAAACCAUUUGAAAUAUUUUUAUAUAAGAAAUAUU